AUGGCUUCACCGGCAGAUGUUGUUAUGGGUGAUGCCGGGGAGUCCAGCACACAAAAGCCAUUCACCGUCGAAGAAAACAUCAAGCAACUCAACGCUAUCGACCAAAGCGCCGUGCAACUCAUGAGCCACACGGCUACCGCUCUCAAUGCCCUCACAACACCCUCCUCUGGCGACGGCGCCCCGAACACAGACCCUUCAGGCGAAGCAGUCAAGCCAUCAUUGAACCCCCCAGCACAAAAGGAGGCCUUCCGUUCUGCCACCGACUCUUUUCUCACGACUCUGCACGCCAUCGAUGUCAAGAUGAAGCGUCAAAUCUUUGCUCUGGAGGAGGCGGGCAUCGUCAACCUGUCCAAUCCCCGGCGUCAGGAGCCCAAUGGACCACCUAAGGCGUCGCUGAAGCCUAAUGGAACCGGAGCUGUGGGUAACUUGGACGUGGGCUGGCUGAACAGUCGGGGCACGAGGGUAGAGAGGGAUAUGGAGUCGGAGCUUUGGGCUAGGGCGAAGGAGGUCUUGCAAAAGGAAGCGGCAAAGGACAAUUAA